AUGAAAUCUAUAGAUAUAUACUUCCUUAGUGAAGAAUUCAUCCUCUCUUUGGAACUGUGCAAACAGUUUGCUGAGGAGGCGUACAGUAUUGCUCUUCAUCCGACUGGGCUGUAUAUCCUUGUUGGAUUUAGUGACAAGUUGCGGCUGAUGAACUUGCUAAUUGAUGAUAUUCGUACCUUCCACGAAUUUCCCAUCCGCGGAUGUCGAGAGCCAGCGUGUGCUUGCCAAAAGUUCUACCCCACCCCACCCCACCCCACCCCACCCCACCCCACCCCACCCCACCCCACCCCACCCCACCCCACCCCACCCCACCCCACCCCACCCCACCCCACCCCACCCCACCCCACCCCACCCCACCCCACCCCACCCCACCCCACCCCACCCCACCCCACCCCACCCCACCCCACCCCACCCCACCCCACCCCACCCCACCCCACCCCACCCCACCCCACCCCACCCCACCCCACCCCACCCCACCCCACCCCACCCCACCCCACCCCACCCCACCCCACCCCACCCCACCCCACCCCACCCCACCCCACCCCUGUAGAUCAGUCCGCCUGGUUGGCCAAUCAGAUUUGGUGUACGGAUGUGAACAUUGUUCAUGCAAUCAACGCGCGCGACUGCACAGGCUUGCAGACAGUCCGCCUACUCGCCCCCUAA